GUCUAAUUGGAAAGAGCGAGGCGCAUUCAUCGAAGAAACGUGCAGCUGAAAUAGGUACCAAGCUGCUCUUUUUGACGCAGGAAAAGAAAAUUGAUUCCUUUUAGAAGCGAAGCAAAAAGAAAAACGGACUCAGCAUGGUGUCCUCCGGUCGGAACAAACUGAAAAUCAACGACAUCGUCCUCGAGGAGGCGAGGGCGCAUGCGGAGGCACACGUCGAGUGCCCGAUUUGCUACUGCCUCUGGGAGAAUCCUGUCCAAACGGAGUGUCAUCACAUUUUUUGUGAAGAAUGCGUUUCCAGCGUGCUGGCCUGCCCAACGUGUCGGCAACCAUUCGGAGACAACAAGCCGAAGCCGUUAAAGGAAUCCAAUCCCUGGGCUCUGCGCCAACUAAAUGGGCUGAAGGUAAUAAAUAUUGCAAACUACGACACUGAUGCUAAAAAUGCCACUUAUGUUCUUCAGCAAUCUGCGCCGCUAAGCCUAGUGCCGCGAAGCGAAAGAAAAAGAAUCAUCUUUAUCGUGCAAUACAAAUGCUUUCUCCGGUAUGAUUGUAAUCAGAUGUAAAAAAGUAAAAGACGCUGGUGACGCCCGCAGCACAAAAUCAUCAAGGUUUGUUGCCCCUACGCAGACCCGGCGGUGAAAGGGGCUUCCGAGGGUUGUUCCACCUUGGCACCAAACAAUUCGGACGCGUCUUCCGCAUCGGCAUCGUCCUCGUCAUCUUCGGCUCCCUCGGGUAACGCUUCCCCGGAAGAGGCAGUGGCGGAAUCGCAGUCUUCGUUAGCCGAGCAAGGCUCGGGAGAAGAUGAGAGCACAAGCGGCAAUGGAGAGAGCCAGUCGCUAUCUUCACAGCCUUCGACGGGUCUUGGUCCUCUCCCCCAGUGUUCGACGUCGAACCAGCCCGCAAGCGGGCCAUGCUGCAGAAACUCCGACACACCCAGUGACGCUUUGCCGACCAAUGAGCUGUACUGUUCCUGGGUGGGAUCCUACGGGGACCUCCUGGCAAAACAUCUCGGCGAGUGCAGGUUCCACCCAGUGCCGUGCCCGCGUGCGUGCGGGGAAGUGAUGAAGCGCCGCGAUUUAGUCGCCCACGAAAAGCGCUGCCCGAAGUUGUUCACGCAGUGCACGGUGUGUGGAGAGUGGGUGAAGCCCGGCGGCAUGCAGGAACACGACCGACAGAACGCAGAGCGUCAUGUGGACAUCCUACUCAAGGAGCGGGAAGAACGGAACGAGCGGAUGCAGUUGCAGAACACGUUCCUCGCGCUGGCCGGACCCGAGGUCCAGGCCCCGCUGCAGAGGAUCUUGAAUCGAAGCGAACAAGCAGCAUCGAGUUUGACGAAGGCCGAAGCGUACCGCAAAGCCAACCAAACGGCGAUUCUCACCGAGCUACAGAAGAUCUUGGAGCAAGGGGGACAAACAGCAGCGAGUUUGACGAAGGCCGAUGCGGACUGCAAAGCCAGCCAAACGGCGAUCCUCACCGAGGUGAAAGACAAAACUGCGAAACUGCUCGCCGAUGUUUCCAAAGCAAACCAUGGCCAACGCACUUCCUCCGCAGCUAGAUUCGCCUGGGUGCUUGAUGUGAAGAAGGUGUACAAGGACGUGGAGGAGCACAAAGGCCAGACCGGAACGCGCAGACCUCAUGAAGACGUGCUUUCUCCCCAAUUCUACACACCAUCGCAUCUCGGGCCGUUGCAGAUUUGUUUUUCGCCAAAGUGCAUUGUCUGGGACCAAACCGCCAAGGAGUAUACGACGAAGAACGCUACGCAUUUCGGCGUCUAUUUACAGGCUUCAAAACCAUGGAGUGAGAGCAUUUCCUUCGCCGCGGGAGCAACAAUCCAGGUUCUCCGUGGAAAGUGCUGUUCGUACCUCGACCUUAGCAGUUUGCAACCAUUGCAGAUGAAGCAGAUUGCUGCCGGUACUUCUUGGCACGGUUAUCGGAAAAGACACGGCUUCGCGGAGUUCGACACUAUUGCCAGCGCAAAGGAACAACAAUACUUGACCAUUGUCGUCGAGCUACACGAUAUUGUGGAAGUAAUCGAGGACGGCGCCAAGCAAAGAUCGAUCGCGAUGCAGAUAGAGUCGAUUUCAAAGACGCACGCAAGAGCGGACACCCUGAAUUCUCUGUUGAAUCGCAUCGAGAAGAUCGAAGGUUCGCACGCGAAGGCAGAGAAGCUUGACUCCCUCGAGAGGCGCAUCGAGAAAAUGGACAUAGACAACGCAAAAACUGUCGAAGCGAACGACAAGAAGGCAGAGGCGAACGCCAAGGCGCUCAAGGAUCUGUUGCAACAGGUUAAGAACGAGGUGAAGGUCGCCGGAGAAAACACAUCCAAAUGCUUCAGUUACAUGCUCCUCGCCUUCGUUAUGCUCGUCCUAGCUCUCUACGCAAAACUUUCUGGGUGUCGGCAAAACUGAAGACUUCUGAUACUGAUGUGUAAAACGAGAACGAAAUAGCUAGGGUUGAUUCCUUGUCCGUCCACCAGCUGUCCGGGCCUGUCUGCACUCACGCUUGUUAGCACCACCAGGACAUCUCAAAGCGAGAGAUUUGGCAUCACGAAGCACUAUCUUUAGCUCCUCUCGCAAAAAUAUCUAUUUUACGAAGUUGAAAUAAAAAUGAAACAUUUUUUCUUGACAAGCUGCACUGCAAGAGCCGCGAAGAAAAAUGUACGUACGCACGGUUUUUUCACGACAUCGUUUCAAAACCAAUAUGCUUGAAAAAAGAUGUAUAAUAUUUAUGUUAAAUUCGCUUUCCCUUUCAGCUUUCUUUUACGCACCGGUUGCAGUUCGUAUGUACACAUAGACUGCCGAUGAAGAAAAAACUGUUAGAACGCUAUCAAAAUCGUUCGUCGUUGUACUCAAAAUUAAAAACUGAAGCGUGGUCUGUUGAGUCUCGUUGUUAUAUCCUAACGAUAGGCCUCAACCUAGUCUACUUGUUAUGGCCUAGCGGAUGUGAUCCGCCAGUGGAAUGGACAACCAAAAUUAAUGUACGCGCAAGAAGACAAAAAUCGACUUGUCUCUCUGUUGUUACCUAAUAUCCGUGGAGGAAACGACAACC